AUGUUUUUAUGCGAAGAUUUAGCGAUUAAAUUCGUAUUUUCAAUACUUUUCCUGUCUUCGACAGCGAACGACAAUAAGUCGAUGAACGCCGAACAUGGCCUCGUGAGUUCCUUCGCCACAAACAACAACAUUGUGAGCGAUGUUAACCAAGGACAAAGCAAGCUACAGAAAUCCAUCACUGAUAGCUUUGCUGAAAGUUGUCCUGUUUAUUUAAACACUUCAAAGCAGUGUUUUCCAACUUUAAAGAAGAAGAACAGUUCGUUUGAACUUUAUAAUAUAACAGAAGAAACAAACAAACUGAAUCUAACUGCCGAACGGGAAAAUCUACGACUUUUCGGUAAGUCGAUAUUAAAGCUGGGGUUUUUUCGAUAAACAAGUUGUUUUGUUUUUUAUAUUUUUGAUAGAAAAUAAAUUUUAAUGAAGUCUUUUUGUUUUUUGCCUAAAUUUGUUUUAUUUUAGACAUGUUUUUGGUUGUUUCUUUAACCUUUACAAUUUUUUGGCGUUUCUUAAAAGCAAUAUUAAUUCUUCAAACCAACUGGCAAAUUUUUAUCUAAAUUUUAGUUUUUGUUAGUUAAAAACAAUAGCAAACAUUUUUUCUAAUUUAAUAACUUGAAUCAAAUCAUUUUUAUCGAAAAUAUGAAUAUUUUCUACUAUUAUAUAGCACAAUAAUGUUAUAUCUUUUCCACAUAUUUUAGCUGAAACGUCAAGCGACAGUAACGAGACCAUUGGCUUAAAAGCUCAGGCAUUCGUUAAAGGUAAGACUUCAUCUUUAAUUAAUAUAUCUUUUGGACCACAAUCCUAUAACGUUGAAUCAUACUCUGAUCUAAAUCACACUGCCUAAAAUAUUUAUUUUGAAUUCUUUUUCUCUAUCGUCUUUUUAGAAAGUAUCAAUUACAUAUUCGGCCUGACUGAAAGCCAGAAAUUUUUCAUUGCCGCAAGCUAUCUUCUUGCUCUCUGGAAAUUCUAUGGAGCUAGACUCCGGUAAGAUGUACUGAUUUGGUAAAUAAAACUAAACUAUAAUAAUUUUCUGUGUGCUGGUGUUAUGUACUCAGGUGAAUAUGUUUGUGAUGUUAUUCUGAGUGUGCAUCCACACCGGGCAAGCUGAAAAGUUAGCUUGGCCACGGUGGACUAGUAUCCCAAAGGUCACGGGUUCGAUUCCCACCGUGGACAAGCUAACUUUUCAGCUUACUCAGAGUAACAUCACAAACAUUAUAAUAUAAUAUUUUGGUAAAUAAAACCAGGGAUGCCGGAACCACGGGUGCAGUGGGUGCAAGUGCACCCCAUGCCUUUUGUAUUCAUAACUUUUUGGGUGCAGUGCGGGUGCAGACUAUGGGCAACGGGUGCACAAAAGAUUUCAAACGAAUAGGUUACAUUGGAGGAGUUUAUUAAGUUUAUAUAUGUUAUAAACAAUGAACGAUUUAGUUUCAUAACCUAUAACUAGUAAAUGGCCACACAAAAUGUUUUUCAGUAGAAGAGAAAGGGAAACAGUUUUCUGCUAAUUCUGUGUGCCUUAUUUUAAUGUUUCAAAUUAAUAAAAGGUUGCUUCAUUGCUUGUGUUUGAUUUUAAAUAAGGUUAUAAGCAGGUAAGUGCUCUUUCAUUUUUGUUUCUGCCAUUUUUUAAAAAAUAUGCCCUUUUGAUAAUAAAUCGCACCCCUUGCACUCAGCAACUUCCGGCAUCCCUGAAUAAAACUAAAGUAACUGUAUUUCUACUGGAUCAGUCCUUCACUGUUCUUCUUAUGGGUUUAGUUAGGGGCACGCCCAAGAGGAAACGACCUGAGGGGUUUGCUCUUCAACUGUUGGACGAAAUUACAAUCAUAUUGCCGGAAUUAAACUUCUGUCACAGAGUUGAAAGGCAUAUGCACUAAUUAUUUCCUUUCUACUAUUCCUACAGGCCGAUCAUCUUCAAAGUUCGCUGCAAAUUGUUUGGUAAACCUAAGACAGCAAUACAGCGAAAUAUCUCAAUAAAUCCAUCUGAGAAAACCAUCCUUGUCCAGAAUGACGUAGCACGUGAUGAGCAUAUGAACACUGAUGAUUUACCUACCGACUCAUCACGCGAACGUCACGUGACUACUGUUGAAGAAACGACCGACUCAGCGUGUGAUAGCCACGUGGACAGCGAUGAAGAACCCAAUGACUUGUCAUGUGAAGAACACGUGGACAAUGAGGACUACAUCAUUACAACCAGUAGCAGUGUUGAUGAUCUACCAACAGCCACACCCAACAAACAGACCACUCCACCCACCACUUUCCCAGCACAGUUGAAACACUCUCUGAGUUUCAACAGGUCGGACAGUUUAUCCGAGGAGAGCUGCGAUGAAGACUUCCCAGACGAGUUCUUCGUAUUUCCAACCGACUGUGGAAACAUCGGAUGGAUACUGGGUGACGAGCACUGGGAAAAAAUAGACUCGAGUCAGGAGUCUUUGACUUCGGAUGAUGGUGGUACUGAUAGUACCGGUAUAGAGUUAGGACAGAGUUAUGAUGUGGCCUGUGAUUUAGAUAGCAGAGCUUCUUCUCGCAGCUCUUGUCAUAGCCCUGCUCCUAAGGAGGUGGUUUCCUGCUUGAGUUCCGCUUCUGAUGAAGACCCAGUCACUGUGGCAACAACAAGUGGUUGGGAUGACUGGAUUGAAGAAACUCAUCAAGGGAAUGGUGAGAUGAACUGUGGUAACCAUGGUAAUGUUGACCAGUGGAUUCUGGAAUGUGGUGACAGUAACAAAUCUACAUUAUCUAAUGGUGGUACCAGCAAUGUCCAUCAUGAUGAUGAACCUACCAACAACAGCGUGCACGAUUGUGACCUGAUGAGUGAAAGUUACGAGGAUAGCUUUCAGCUCUACCGAGGUUUGUAUAAACAUUGCUUAAAUUAACCACACUAUCCCAUCGCUACACAGUCCCUAACCAACCGAUCGUCAGACCAGGCAACUGACAGACUACCUAACUACUUAACUAGCUAUACCUCACUAACUAAAUAACUAACUUAUACCAACAAACUCUAAAAAAUACUUAACAAAGGUAUUCUAAUUAUUAACUCUAAUUACUCUUAUUUCAAAAAGGUGAAUAUUCUGAACAUGGUAGCAGUGUGCAGGAAUCAAGUUUUGAAAGUGAGAAUCGUGUUGAAGUUUACAACAACAUUGAACCAGAAAAUCUCGGAGCUGGUGAUGUCAAUAGAUGGCUGUCAGCCGAAAAUGAAAUCGUCCAAGAAGAUAUCAUGGACACGACAUUCGAACAACGUGUGAACAACCACGUUGUUGCAGCAGCUAUCUUUGCUGGGACAUUUGUAUUGCCUUGUUUAAUUGCGGCAAAACUCUUGAAAUAA